AAACAACAAAACAGCAGAAUGACGGACGAUAGGCGGCUUUGUAUUUUGAACGACGAUAUGACGAAAGUUCUAUACAUAGGACUUUUAUGCCGGAAGUGCAACGUCAAAAAAUUUUAUAUCCACAUUUCACUUUUCAUAUUGAAAGCUUUAUCCCGCAAUCAAGUCGCCCUCUCGUUGUCCGCAAAACUAUAUCAAGUACCAGUGACCAAUGUCGGUGUAAACGCGGAUGUGUAUAAAAAAGCAAAUGGCUAUCGUCCCUUCAUGUUUAACAUUACUACGGAUUUUUGUCGAUUUAUUAAGUAUAGAAAGCAAACACCUUUUGGCAAAAUGAUAUUGGAUGCGGUAGAAAAGUAUUCAAAUAUAAACCACACAUGUCCGUACGAUCAUGACAUUAUAAUCAAAGAUCUUGUGCUUGAAAGUAAACAUCUGCAAUCACUGCCGUGGCCAAUGGGUGACUACCUUUUGAAAAUAAGCUUUGCGGUAAACAACGAUUGGAAAGUUACAGUUAAAUCAUAUAUACAAGUCACUGAGGAGUAAAAUAUUAUUUCUAUCUA